AUCGUCAGCCCCGCGUCCGAGCUCGGAAUGUGCGCGCCGAACGACGAGAUCAUCGUCGUCGGCGGCUACACCAACACCGAGCUCCUCGCGCACACCCCCGCGCCCUGCGACGACCCGGCCAGGUGCGGCGUGCACGUGCUCCGCCAGUGCGGCGUCACCGGGCGGCUCACCCACUUGAGCACCAACGCCAUCGGUCCCAACGUCGCGUUUAUCGUGCGCUCACCGACCAACCCCUCCAUCCUCUACGCCUCCACCGAGCGCAUCGACGACGAGGGGGAGAUCAUCACCCUGCGGAUGACGCCCGAUUUCAGGCUGGUCGAGGAGACGAGGAUCAAGGCUGGCGGGCGGUCCACCUGCUACCUCAACUUCAACGCGAGUCGCGAGUGGAUGAUGGCCGUCAACUACUGGGACGCCAGGGUGUCCAUGUUCAAGCUCGGAAAGGACGGCCGGCCGGAUAUCGAGGCUGGUCGGGACCCGAGGUGGGUGCUGCAGCAGCCGGGGGCGGAUUACGUCGAUCGCGUCAAGCCAACCAGGGAGGAGCACUGGAAGUUUCGGCAGCGAUGGCCGCACUCGCACUGCUGCGUCACCGAACCCUACGCGGGCCUCGUGCACUUCGUGGUGGACUUGGGGCUCGAUAAGGUGUUCACGUACAGGGUAAACUCGAAGACGGGCGUGUUGGUGCCCAAGGGGUCCACGCGGCUCCCGCCGGGCAAAGGCCCGAGGCACCUCGUGUUCCACCCCACCGUCAGGUCCGCGUAUCUGGUCAACGAGCUCGACUCGACCGUCUCCGUGUUCAAGGUGAACAUUCCGGAAGAGUGGACAACGCCACAUCACUGGGACGCCGGCGCGAGCAGGGAGGACGGGUGCGAGGAGCCGGGCGCGGUGUUGGAGCUCACGCAGUGCCUCUCCUCGCUGCCCGAGUCUGAGCAGGGGAAGACGACGAUAUCGCCGCAGGGCAUCUGGAAGGCGGCGUCGCACUCAUCGGAGAUUCGCAUGCACCCCAACGGAAGAUACUUCGCCGUGGGUAACCGCGGGCACGACAGCAUCGCGCUGUACGCGGUGGACCAGAGCGACGGCACGAUCGCGUUGGUGGACAUCGUCAAGAGCGGCGGCGAGUGCCCGAGGAAUUUCAACUGGACGUGCGGGGGGAAGUUUUUGGUUGUCGGGAACCAAAACACGAACUGCAUGGCGACCAUGUCGUUCGACGAGGCGUCCGGCGCGCUGAAGAUCGUGCACGAGGCGGGGGCUGGGGUGACGAGCCCGAACUACGUGUACGCCAUUCCGGCGCGCGAGCUGCCCAGCCUCAUCUCAAGCGCGGAUGGCUUUGGCGGCGCGCUUCCAGCCAUCGCAGCCUGAACCCAUCAGACUGCGACGGUCUCUUACCACUUAUGAUGUAUGAUAAGUUAGACUGACGAAGCCGACGCGCGCGCGCCGGCUUUGCUCGCCGUUACUCGCGGACUGAGAGGGUCCGAGUGAUUUAAUCUCAUCACAAGUCGUUUCUCU